AGGGGGAGGAACGCUGUGUCGCCGCGAGAGAGGGAGGAGGAAAGAGUCCGGUCGUUUCCCCUGAGCUUUUCCGGGUCGUGUUGCGUCUGCCGAGGGGGAGCCGAGGGUCGCUCGGCCUCGAGUGCUGGAGGGAGAGCCGAGGGAGUGCAUCGCGCGGCGCCGAGGAAGGAGGAGGAGCAGGUGUUGUGAAGUGUCGUCGUGUGAAGUGUGUGGUGGAAGUGAGGUGUUGUUUAUCAGCGGGUUCUGUGCUGUUAUCCGGGCGGGUGAUAGGCGCCCGGCCGGCCGGCAGGUGAUAGCGAGAAGCGCCGUCAGUGAUACGUCUUGUGCGCCCUGAGUCACGCCCGUGGUUGUCGUGUCGUGGUCGGCCGAGGGCGGAGCGAGCAGUGAGCGGGCGUGCGUGAGUGUGUUAGGCAUAGCAAGUCGCCCACAACGGAAACGAGUGAUCAGGAGGGCCCGCGAUGGGCGGCCGCGCUCGCCAUGUGCAGCGGGGAGGCGAGGCCAUCACGCCAGAGAUGCGGGCGGCUCUGAGGAUGGGUGUGGAUGUGGACUUGGGGGUCGGCCGCGUGUAACGGAGUGGCGGUGUGGGCUCGCCAUGCCCACGGUCGCGGGCGCUGUGACACGCGUCCUCUGCAAGUGCACGGUUCAUUUUCAUCCAGUAUGACAUGGGCGCCUGUGUGGGCACCCGCAGCAAGCAGGCAGAGGCUCUCCUAGCGGCGCGGCCGCUGCCGGACCUGCCCGACGUGGUGAGCGGGAGCGGGGGUGGCGCCCUCGAUCCCAUGGGCGGGCCCGGCCCCCCGGAGUCUCAACACGUGGGCGCCACCUUUGUCAGCACUAUCCAGUCCGCGCUCCCCGCCCAUGUCGCGCAAAGCCCGCUGCCCGUCUCCGUCUCCGCCGCCGCCGCCGCCGUCGCCGCCGCCCAGGUCACCUCCGCGACGCCCCUUGGCGACGCGAACACCACCAACGCCGCGGCGACCAAGUGGCACUCGCGCGAGAACCUGCUGGCGCCCGAGGAGGAGGGCGACCCGCAGCUCUUCGUGGCGCUCUACGAGUUCCGUGCCCAGGGCGAGAACCAGCUCACGCUCAGGAAGGGCGAGCAGGUGCGGGUGCUGAGCUACAACAAGUCCGGCGAGUGGUGCGAGGCCCAGGCGGGGUCGGGGGAGGUGGGCUGGGUCCCCUCCAACUACAUCACCCCCGUCAACUCCCUGGAGAAGCACUCUUGGUACCACGGCCCCAUCUCCAGGAACACGGCGGAGUACCUGCUGUCGUCCGGGAUCAACGGGUCGUUCCUGGUGAGGGAGUCGGAGAGCUCGCCGGGGCAGAGGUCCAUUUCGCUCCGGUACGACGGCCGCGUCUACCACUACAGAAUCAAUGAGGACGAGAACUCCAAGCUGUAUGUGUCUUCAGAAUUUCGAUUCAACACCUUGGCAGAGUUGGUACACCACCACUCACAACAUGCCGAUGGUCUUAUCACCCAACUGUUAUAUCCUGCCCCAAAGAGAAAUAAACCUACUGUGUUUGGUCUUACUCCAGGUACAGUAUCCAUGUUUGCCUUUGAAGAGCCUGAUGAGUGGGAAAUUGAGAGGACUGAUAUAGCGAUGAAACAUAAACUCGGAGGAGGCCAGUAUGGAGAUGUUUAUGAAGCUGUUUGGAAGAGAUACAACAUUUGUGUCGCUGUAAAAACUCUCAAGGAAGAUACAAUGGCCCUAAAGGACUUCUUAGAAGAAGCCUCGAUAAUGAAGGAAAUGAAGCACCCCAAUCUCGUGCAGCUCUUGGGGGUGUGUACUCGGGAACCCCCUUUUUACAUUGUGACGGAGUUCAUGUCCCGAGGUAACCUCCUGGACUACCUGCGCACUUGUAGUCACGAUGAGGUCAACGAGGUAACUUUGCUGUACAUGGCAACUCAGGUAGCUGCAGCUAUGGAGUAUCUAGAAGACAGAAGCUUCAUACACAGGGACUUAGCAGCUCGCAACUGUUUAGUCGGGGAAAACCACUUAGUCAAAGUGGCUGAUUUUGGGCUGGCGCGUCUCAUGCGAGAUGACACGUACACUGCUCAUGCUGGAGCCAAAUUCCCAAUCAAGUGGACUGCACCAGAGGGUCUAGCCUAUAAUAAAUUUUCUACAAAGUCUGAUGUUUGGGCAUUUGGCAUAUUACUAUGGGAGAUUGCAACAUAUGGAGUAUCACCGUAUCCAGGGGUAGACCUGACCAAUGUAUAUCACCUUUUAGAAUCAGGAUAUAGAAUGGACUGUCCUCAGGGUUGUCCAGUAAGAGUGUACGAAUUGAUGAAGCAGUGUUGGCUGUGGAUCCCAUCGGACCGGCCCACAUUCUCCCAUAUCCAUCAUGCACUCGAGACCAUGUUCCAGGAGACUUCUAUUACGGAGGAGGUGGAACAGCAGUUAGCAGCAGGUGGAGGACGGAAGGUGGUUAGAGGCUCUUCCACAGGCACGCACCAACAGUGGAAUGAGGAACAACUUCCUACUAGUCCAAGAACAUCCUCCACCAAGCAAAGAACUAAAAACAAGCAUGGUAUGAUGGAUGAAGGCAGUAGUCCCAAUCUGCCAAGGGAUGUACGGCCAAGCCCCGGCAUCCUCUCUGCCCGUUCCACCGUAGUUCAGCUCCGCCGCACCACCAACAAGAAGGGCAAACAGGCACCAGCGCCGCCAAAGAGAACAAGUUCAUUCCGUGAUAGUACCUGCACCGACCAAGACAUGCCAGCCGGGAUGGCGGGAGAUGAGCUCAAUGAAUUCAAUGGUAUAGACAAAAUCUUUGAAGGAAUCCAGAAGGACCUGGCCGAUCUAGCGAGUAGCAAUGAUGCCGAAAGUGAGAGCGACUUGAGAGAGCGAACGCCUGACACCGAAGACUCCGGGGCACAGUCCUUACCCACAACUCAGGGCCUCACGUCCACGCACUCCACCUUUAGAUCCGAUCCUCCGCAUUUGCAGUCCUUUAGACAAAAGUCAGGUGGGUUGCGUGACCCCAAGGCAGGUGGAGACAGAAUACGGCGAGGGAGGAUGGAGAAAUCCGAGAGCCAGAGUGGCACUAUUGGCAGCAGACACAUCACUGUUGCAGCCUUGGAAGUGCAUAAUGUCAAGAGGGCCAUCAACCGCUAUGGCACGCUUCCCAAGGGUGCGAGGAUUGGUGCUUAUCUUGAAUCUCUCCGUCAGAGUGGCCUGUCUCAGGGUGUUCCUCCAGCAGAUGAACAGUCUUCAGAACACCAGCAGGAAGAUCAAGAUGAGCAUGGUGACCAAGACGAUCAGAAGGAUACUGUGGAUAAGAAUGCUGCAUCCAUGAUUCGCAGUAAUUCAACCCAGAGUGGUUUCCAGCCACAGUCGCCUUUGAUAUCUCGGCUAAGCCCACGCUUGCAGCCCUUGCGGUCCGAUAAACGGAACAAAGAGCCCAGUUUGGCAGACCUAGAAUUCCCACCACCUCCAUUAGAUUUGCCUCCUCCGCCAGAUGACUUCAUAGAGGAGAACCAAUCGACAGCCUUGGAGUUCCCUCCACCUCCUGGUUCUGACCGCUGGCUAGGCACCUCCUCUCCAGAGUCUAGGAGACGCCUAGCUCAGAAACCUAUUCCUUCACCGAGAGCUAGACGAAAGGCAGACUUUGCCAAUGUCAGUCCACAGAAGUUGCCAAGUUCUGCAGUGCAAGACUCACAGCAAGGUGCAGGUGAAGGAUCUGAAUCCCCACAGGCAGACAGGGCUACACUGAGUGUAACUAGGUGUAGGAUGAGGGAUGCAGAUGCUGAUAAGCCCCCAGUGCGAGCAAAGCCUAAUCUAGAUACAAGUCUAGAUGGUGAAGCAAGUGAAGGAAGUCCAGCAUCUCGAUUUGGAGUCAGCCUAAGGCACCGAGACCAGUCCUCGGAUUCAUGUGAAAGCUUCAAGUCUACAGAGAAUCUGUCUCCUCGUCCAGGCCUAUCUAGUGCAAAAGGCAAGGGGAAGUCCAGCUCUGCUGCAGCUAAGAGUCCAGGAUCGUCAUCAGCUGAUACAGAAGGCAUGCAGACUCCAUCCUCUCCAGUGGGAGAAAGUGGACAAGCCCCGUCUUCUCCUGCAGCAGUUGAUGGCAGCCCUCCAUCUGUUGAUGCUGCCUCGUUAGCUUCCAGAGAUGGUAGCGUGGAAGAACUGUCUGCUGAAGAACCCAAGGUUGUACUGGGCUUGGGAAUCAACCAUGAAGUCAAGGAAAGUUUAGAGUUAAAGUUAGUUUCUGAAUUGAAGGAAGCUGAUGAAAAGAAGGAACAAAAAGAUGACAAGAAGGAACCAAGUCCAGAUGGAGUUACAGGAGGAGAAACGUCGCCUGGAAGCCAAAAGAAUCCUGCAGUGCAACUAGUCUCGGAGUUAUUUGAGAGCCUACGACAAAAAUCCAACAAAGUAGCGGAUACUCCUCAUUUAGAUAAUGGUAAUGCAGUGAAUAUUGAAUCUGACAAUAGUAAUUUAAGAGACAGUAGUAAUCAAAUUGGUUUUAAGACCAAUUUGAAGAAAGUAAAAAACACAUUUGAAAAGAGCAGUUCAGAAAAAGAGGAGAGAAAAAUAUAUUUUAAAACUCAGCUUCGGAAAACGGACACUAGUAAGGGUGAUGAUAAUGUUAACAUGGAAAGUGAUCCUCACAGUACUUUGAUGGACUUCAGAGCGCAGUUAAGAAAAACCAAUAUUGUUAAAGAGGACGAUAGCAAGGCCAUAGGAGAUGACACCUCUCCAGGUGAUCAGCAGGAAAAUGGUUCACAAGUGCUUAGUGAAGUGAACAAAAAGAGUGAUAAUGCUGGGAAGAACGAACGGAGCUGUGACUCGGGAAUCAAGAGUGAUAUAAUGAGCGAAAGUGUGACGAGUAUUCAUAGUGAGAAGCGAGAUAGUGUUCAGAGUGAUUCUUUAAAAGUGAGUGAAGAUGAGGAUGCCAAACGUUUUAGCUCAAGUAGCAUAAGUAGUUUAAAGAAGUUGUGGGAGAAGCAGGAUGCUGAUAAACUGGCCAAGGCUGAUCCUAAUCAAACUAGUCCCAAAUAUGCUCCAAGUAUGAACAAACGGCCAGAUUUGCCAAAGUUAACUAAAAGUGAGAAAGACUCGGUCGCUGACACCCCAGUUCUAAAAAAGACCCCUGAAGACGAGGGCAAGGUCGGCAAGCUGGAGCGGAGGGUUUGGCCACCACCCAGCAGUAGUGAAAUGGAUGCCAAGCCGGCGGACGGAAAGCCCUCCGUUCCCGUUAAGCCCGUAGUGAAGAGUUUCAAAUUGCCUCCUCCACCUGCUGGAGUCAAGCCACCUCCACCCAAGCCAGCGGGUAUUUAUGCCACCCCCUCACUCAUCAGGCCUCCGUCGGUGCCAGUUAUUUCUGUGAAGAAGGAGGGCAAGGAUUCCGAAAGUAAGGACAGUAAAGCCCUUAAAGAAACGAAAGACUCUGUGUCAAAAGAUAAUGCCUCUGGUAAUCCUCCUCCCAGUAUGACAUCUUCGGGCGGAACUUUGCCGAGUGACAGUGUUAGUGGUUCCUCUAAUAGCAGCACAGAGAAAGCUGGGCUAGUGGAGCAAGGUCGUGGAGUGGAGGCCUCAGUGGCGACCUUGCGGACGGAGGGAGCCACCACUACGGUUGCUGCUUGCAUCCAGUCAGCACAAAGGGUAUUAGACUUUUACCAAGCCUGUUGGGAAUACAUGGACAACAUUCCACCUCAGAGUCGAUUUCACAUGCGAGAACUUCUAACCCGUCUAGAGCUCCAGACUAGGCAGUUGCGCUCAGCAGGGGGACGCUCAAUUGAACACAAUGAAAAGCUCUUUGCAGAAAUUGAGAGCACAGUGAGGGAUGUUACCAAUACAGUUCAGCGUUAGGCUUUUAGCGAUUGUAAUUGGGUAAGAUAUUCUGAGUAAGACGUUUUUACUGUGAACAUAACAUCCUUUUAGAAAUCCAAAAUGAUAAAUCCAUUUUAGAAUAGAGUGAUAUAUUAAAAGAUAUAGAAAACAAAAACAAUUAAAUGUCAUUGCUCACAAGUCCAGACAAAUAAAUGAAAAGAUAGAAAAUGAGCAGCGCACCUUGGGGUGAUGCUAGAGGAGUUUUACACUGUUGAUUCUCAUUCUGAAUGUGCAAACGACAAUACUCCUGCAUUUAAAAACAUUUCAAAUUACGUGCUGGUUGAUGUAGGAAAGAAAGACACUGUAAAAUUAGUGACUCGGAAAAAAAUUUUGCUACCCAGCGUCUACCUUCAAUGGAGCAUGAAUUUUGUCCUGGAGUUGCUGAAUGCUCACAAGUUACAGGAACUUUUCACAAACUAUUCCACAAAAGUGUUCCAUGUUUGCCAGUAUGCAAGAGCGCUAUAUAUUCUGUGUAAAAAGGUGAAUGCUAGUGCGAAUACUUGUGAUUUGGCUACACUGCAUGGUGCUGGCCAGUGGAGAGGGACAAACAGGAUACUUUAAAAAUUAUUUGUACAUUAUGUAAACAAAUAGUUUCAUAGGUAGCUUUUUGCAUGCAGAAUAAAUUUGGUGUGUUAAUUCUAAUCAAAACCUGAAGAAUUAUCAACGUGUAAUUGAAGGUGGCAGCAGGAAAAGUUAAAUUAUGGUGGGUGCUUUUGUAGCCUAGGUUGGUUGCCAUUUGAUUUUGAAGCUGCAGACCUUUUGUUUAUUAUUAUUAUUAUUAUUAUAUGUAGCUCUUUUGAUUUUGAACUUUACCACCUUCAUGAAGUCUGUCAUUGGUAUGUGCAUACUACUGUCAAAUUUGUUGCGAUUUGAUGUGAAAGCUAGUCUUGUGAUUUUAUUGUAUAUUCGGAGGUCAGCUACGUGCAAUUGUCUGCACCCAUUGUAUUCCGAGAGAUGAAUAUCACGGCCCAAGAGUUAAUAGAGUUCAGUAUGGGUGCUUAGGGCCUCUACGUAAUGUUCCUGGGGCUUGUGGUUUGUCUCAAAUCAUUUUUCAUCGUAUGCUUCCCUUUGUUGAUGUCUUUUAAGAAUGUAUUUGUCUGUAAUAUGACAGAAGUAACUUUGUUCUUCCUUUCCUUUACUCUCCUUUCGUUUUCCACCGUGCAGGAUCAUGCGCCGUUGAUGCAUGAGUAUGAAUUAUAUGGUUUGAUUAGAAGGACUUAAUAUAUAUUUCAGUGACUUUUUUCCAGUAAGAGAGGAGUUUCAGGUCUUGCCAACAGGUCUAUGUGACAGAUGAAAGCCAUGUUUAUAAAUAGCAAUCCUUUGCUUUAUCUUUUGUGAUAUUAGUAUGUCUCGCAGGCUCACUCUUGUGUGCACAACACUUAGAAAACUUAAUUUUGUAAAGAUGUCACGACAUUGUACGAUUAUGUAAAAAGGAUGACUUAAGUGUUCUUACGUAUCUGGUUAAUUGACAAUAUGUAUAAACAAUCUAUGAAAUAUAUGUAGUAUAGAUGA